AGACUUCCGAUUCCAGUUUGAGACCCAUCUCGGAGACCCGCUCCAACUGCGAGAAAAGCAAAGCCCGCGAUAAAGCCAAGAACCAACCAAGAUAGCCGAAGGAAGGCCGCCAUCUAUUUCACAGUUCCCCAGUUCCUCUUCCCUCGCUCUGGAGAAAUCGUCCUUUGGGCAGGAAAGUUAGAAAACUGGAAGAGGUUCAUUUGGACCUCCACUUUCAAGCGGAAAUGGAUGAUCCAAUACUCUUCAACCCCAAAACCCAUUCCCAUCUCAUUCCCUCGUUUGCCGACAUCCUGACGGCGUGCAUAACCACCCCACCUUACACCACUGCCGGCUUCCUUCCACCUAUUGACCCAGCUCGUAUACGAAAAUGGUGGGAGGAUCGCGUCAGAGAAGAAAGUGAAGGGCAUCGCAAGAUCAUCAUGCAAAUGGCGCGCGAUCCGAGCACUGGGGAAGAAGAGUUGGCCGGGUAUGUAAUGCUAGGCAUGCCAGUGACGGAGACGGGACCUUUUCGAGGGAGCGUGGAGAAAUUGAUGGUUUCGCCGAAAUAUAGGCAGAAGGGGAUUGCUGGGAGACUGAUGGCCAAGUUGGAAGAGGUUGCGCGGGCAGAGGGAAGGACGUUGUUGUUGUUGGAUACGGAGUCGGGAAGUCCUGCAGAGCUUGUAUAUCCAAAAUGGGGGUAUAUUGAGGUGGGCAAAGUUCCGGACUAUGGGAUCUCUCCCUUGGAUGGGUCAUUGAAACCUGGGACGUUCUUCUACAAGAACUUGUUAUCUGCUAGUAAGGCAGCUUGA